GCAUCCGGGAAGCGUCUGGCUUUUUCGCUCUCUUAAUUGUUUCUUGUGCUUUAACGGAAACGAGUAUAUUAACGAUUCAGUGUAAGAGUAAAAGUGAUUUUUGUGAGUGAAAGUGGAAUAAACUAUUACCGCGUAUUCAUCGCAGUGUGUUCGCGUAGUUCAUCGCCUUUUUGAUUUUCGUGCGAAUAACAACACAUGUUCGACACUUAGUUUUUGUGGGUGACAUUCAGCGAGUGAUAGAACGAUGGCCGAUUCGCCACCAAAGAUCGAGUUUGCCUUGGGUAGUGAGGUGUCACCAGGUCAUUUUUUCAAAAGUAGUUUCGCUCGUCGAUUUGCUGAUGGUGUUGGUGGUAGCCGGCUUGCCGAUACGAAGUCACUCGACUACGACUUGGCCAAUGCAACAAUUGCCGAAGAACCACCGUGCAGCCCAAGUCAACUAAACAAUUUUCACUCCCUUGUUAAUUUCGACAAAGAGAUCGAGCGACCUGACUCGUCCGCCUGGGCCGCUAACAACGCAAAGUCGAGUAGUAUUGGUAUCGUCGAAGUGACGACAGCUGAGCAGAUCGAGCUGGAAAGACUUCGAAAGAAAUGCCAAGUACUGAAGGAAGACAACGAGAGGUUGCUAACGGCAGCCGUAGCAUUGUCAAAGCCUACGGAGCACACGAAGGCGAUCGACAACGUCUACCUUCAGAAUCAAGUUACCACGCUUCAAUGGCAGCUCAAGCAGAGCGAAACCAAUCGUCAGAUGCUUCGUUCAGUAAUGGAACAAGUGGUCCGUUUCUUGGAUCGGGUGCGCAAAAGUCUCGAUAUCAUGCACGAGCGCUCCAACGCAAAACCCACUGGUCGCAACAGUACGAAAGACAAAUUACGAGUACCGCGCUCACGUAGCGUCAAUACCGUUCACGUGGACUCGGCAGGUGCCUCAUCAUGUGCCUCGUCGACGACGUCGUCGUCGUCCUCAUCGUCGGCCUCGUCCACGUCUUCCAGCUCGUCAACGUCAUCGCACUUCGGUCGUGCCAAAUCCGUUGCACAAAUUUCAUCGAACAAUGGAUCAAGCAAAGAUCUCACGUGGACGGUGGUGGUUGGUAGAAAAAGCGACCUCGGUCAGUGCACAACACCGCGGACGAACGGUCCAAGCACGCAACAAGUGGCCGCCGUUAGCGCGCAAGAUGUCAGUAAGGGGCAGGAGAAGGCAUUUUACAGGAGGCCGAAACAGAUGGAAGUCGAUAUUGACGAUAAGCCACCGGAAAAGCUCUCGCAGGAAGCUUUUAGAUUGAUGCGAACGGUGCAGUCCUUAUUGGUAAUGCGCGAGCCCGAUCUCGCUCGAGUAAAUGUACAGCAAGACUCAGCGUUGUUCGACCAACAGCCGGACGCAACGUCGCUACUUUCGCUACCGGCGAACUUUGUCAACUCGACAGCGUUGCACGACGGAGGAGGAGGAGCAGUUGCGAUCGACGAGAGCAUGAUUUCGCGCAAAGGGUCCGUCAACGGCAGCUCGAAAACUUCGUCGCAGACUACGCUGGUGCCGAUCAGUCCCGCUGUUAGGCGACAAUCCAUCGCUUCAGCCUGUGCUAAGAAUGCCGAAGACGAGGAUAGAGCAUCAUUGAUCGACUUAGCGAAACAAGAGAAUGGCGAACAAGGGCUACAGAGCAAUGGAUAUUGUCACGCACUGCCACUUAGCUCGACGCCUAAUGCUCAGAGGAUCAAGAAACACGAUGGGAAGGAUCUUCAUGGCAAGUUGCUUCGGGAUUUGGCACUUAACAGCUCUAACGAAAAAGUAACCACGUCUCGGCCAAAGACAUCGACGAGUGUGUGCAGUGCAGAAGGCGAGAGCGGUUUCUCGUCACUGUCGUCCUUUCAAGAAGUUGGCUUACCGCAAAUUCCCGUGCCUAAUACUCCGCCGCCCAUAAAAGGCGGCUGCCACACUGAAGUUGGCCUACCAGAAGUGCCAAUCGAAACAGUUCGCCAUCGACGUUGGUCCUCAACACCUGCCGAGUGUCAUGCGCUUUUAAAGCGACUCAGUGGCAGUUUCGCUAAUGGUACACCCAACGGUACCAAAUCAUAUAGCGUUUGGGUGUAAAAGCAUCGUGUAUUUGUAUGAUGUAGUAUUAUAUGUAUGAAUGAUACGUAAGCUUAUGAUGACUGAAUUUUUUUCUUCGAUGAGAGUCAAUUUAUACAUUCGCAGGAUUAAUGUAUACGCUUAGUUUGAGUUUCAUCAAGAAAAAAAGCGGAAGUGCAUUAUUAAAAGUGGAUAGUCGGUAAAGUAGACUUUUAGAUAGGAUUAUUGUAUCAGCAUAGGAGUUUAAGAUUUUAACGACAAAUGCAAUCUGUAGAAGAAAGUUUGAUAAUUAUUCUCAAGUAUUUUUUAUUAGUAUGUUUGAGCGGAGAUAUUUAAAUACAGAUUGCAUUUGUUUUUUUGGUAAAAUUAUUUAAAUGCAAAGUAACUCCGUUAAAGCUGGGAAAAAACGUUGUAAAUAGUAGUAGAUUGAUGCAUGUGCUAUUUGUAUGAAUUACCGUAUUAUUAUCGCUUGAUUGUAGUAUAAGAAUUUAAAACUGUAUGAACAAUAUCGUGUUAAUGGCAAACUUAUUAUAUCGCAUUGUUCUGCGUCUUUUAUAAAAAAAAUUGUUUAAUCUGUUUUGACAUUUAAACAGAGCUGUCACAAAUAACCGAUAAAAUAUUUAUAUGGCAUUUGUAUUUCGCAAAACUAUAUGUGGAACAAAGUCAUUUUUGUCAAAUUCUAAGAUUCUUCGUAAGCGUCUGAAUAGAUUAUGAGUAAUUUGUGUGUUGCCUAUAUGAAUAAAUAAUAUUGAAAUAUACCGUUCGCACAGAAAAUGUGUAAACGUAACGAAGCAAGUCUUAGCGGGUUUUACAUAGAUAAGGUAGAUGGUAAAAAUAAAUGAAACUAUUUUCGACAAAUUUUUUGCCAGCAAUUUCAUGAUGUUAAAAAAUGAGAAUAUUUUAGAUAAAACUUGUAUGUCACUAGUUAACUUUCAGGUUAAGUUGAUCGGUAACUAUUAUUUCAUUUUAACACCGAAAAAUGCUAUACCAAUCAAAAUUACAUUUUAUUUUUUUUAGUUGCUAUCGAUUGUUUAUAUGAAUCAACUUAAAAACUCGCAUUUAUCGACAGAUGUAUGAGUCUAUUAAUUUUGUGUGCAUGUUUUAUUAGUCUUUGUUUGUAUCAUCAUGCCAAUAACUUGUAAUCUUUUUUUUGCUUAUCCUCAUACUUAUUUUUAACUGAUCGUAUAAUUCUUUUUAUUUUUUCAUUAUUAUCUUGGUUAGCAUACAAGAUUCGAAGUGCAUUCUUUUCUUUAAUUAUUAAAUUAUAAGUAAAAUACUGAAUGUAUUGUAAAUUAAAAAACAUCGAUUAAAA